ACCAGCAGCCAUGGUUACCACAAACAAACACCAAAAGAGAACCAAAGGCCGCCGAAAGAUCGAGAUCAAGCCCAUUGAAGCAAAAAGCAAUCUCCAAGUCACCUUCUCAAAACGCCGAGCAGGUCUAGUCAAGAAAGCCAGCGAGCUUAGCCUUCUCUCCGGCGCACAAGUGGCUGUAAUUGCCUUCUCUCCAGGAAAAAAGGUGUUCGCCUUCGGCCAUCCGAAUGUAGAGACUGUUCUGGAUCGGUAUCUGAAUGAGGGUUUCGAUACAAAAGAAGAAGAUCCCAUGAACAAUCUCAGCAAUAACCCAAGUAUUCAACAGUGGAAUAGAGAGUACGAGGAGGCAGUGAGAGAGCUGGAGGAGGAGAAGAAGUGUUUGGCGAUGAUUCAAGAAUGGAAUAAGAUGAGGGAAAGUGAUUUGAAUUCAGGGUUUUGGUGGGAUGAUUGUGUUGAUGAUAUGGGCGUGGAGGAGCUUGAAGAAUAUGUGAGGGCCAUGAAGGAGCUAAGGAAGAAUGUGGGUAUUAAGGCUAAUGAGUUGAUGAUGGCUAAUCAGAAUAUUGGAAAUGCUCUUGGAAGUUUUGGUUUUGGAGACGAGCCUUUUUGAUUUGUUUUGGCUUUGCUUAAUCAUGGAUUAGUUUCGGAUUUUUUGUUUGUGUAGGUAGGGUUUUAUCACCGAUCGAGAAAAUUUCUUACACGCUUCCGACAAAUAAAAUGAUACGUUAAAUGCGUGUAAAAAUAUCUCGAAAAUAUAAUUAUUAAAUAAAUAAUUAAAUAUUUGAUUUGG